AUGGGACCAACAAUCGAAACGCACGUUGGCAUUUCUGCCUGUGAGGGUUUGGAGGAACAGAGCCCCCAGUCACAAGAUGCUGCACGAAAAAGCCUUAUACGCAAGCUCGAUUAUCAGCUUCUCCCAGUACUCUACAUGAUCCUGCUUUUCAAUUUCCUCGAUAAGGUCAGCAUCGGCAAUGCACGCAUCCAGGGGCUGGAGGUCGAGCUGGGCAUGGAUCCGAGGUCUAACCAGUUCAACAUUGUCCUUUCCUUGUACUGGAUUCCAUAUAUCCUCUUCGAAGUCCCCAGUAACAUCAUCAUGGCCAAGAUCCGUCCGUCGACGUACUUGAGUGCCAUCACCAUUUUGUUCGGAACGGCUUGCAUGUGCCAGGCGUUUGUCAAUGGCUUUGCUUCUCUAGUUGCCUGUCGACUCUUUCUAGGUCUAUUUGAAUCUGCGGUGUCUCCUGGAGUACUUUAUCUAAUAUCCAUGUAUUACUCUGUGUGGGAAAUCCAACCUCGCUUCGCCUUCAUUUGGUCACAUGGAUUCGUUGCGGGUGCAUUCGGCGGAUUUCUGGCAUAUGCGUUGGUAAAGCUUGAUGGGUACGCUGGGCUGUCCGGCUGGCGCUGGAUCUUCCUCGUCGAAGGGUUGGCAACGAUUGUCGUCGGUAUUCUCUCGUGGUUCGUGCUCUGGGACUGGCCAUCUGACAACGCUCGACUCACCGAUGAUGAGAAAAUUGCGCUCAAUCGAAAAAUGGAGGACUUCCGAGGAACUGAAGCGCGGAUGAAUCGUCUAGAUGUACCGGCGCUCAAGCGCAUAGCAAAAGACUGCAAAGUGUACAUUGGAGCAUUACUUUUCUGUUGUAUCUCGACAUCCACGGCAGCCUUGAGCUUUUUCAUGCCAACAAUUCUUCGAGAAUUUGGCUACUCGAGAUCCAAGUCCCAGUUGAUGACUAUCCCCGUCUACACGGCAUCCGCGCUGGUAACCGUGGUCGUUGCGGUACUGUGUGAGCGUUUCAAACGACGAAGUCUUUUUGUCUUUAUUGGAUGUCCCAUAGCGGUGGUAGGGUAUAUCAUGCUCCUCUGUCAAGCGAAUUUGUCCAGCGCCACCAAGUAUUUGGCGAUAUUCGUCACGGGCGCUGGCAUGUUUACAGUACAACCCAUCAUCGUCACUUGGCUCUUGAUGAAUCUUGCUGGGCACUAUAAACAAGGAAUCGGUAUCGCCUUCCAAACGGGCUGGGGGAGUGUCGGAUCUAUUGUCGCCAGCAACAUAUUCCUGUCGAGAGAAGCACCGCGCUUCGUGACAGGUUACUCAGUCGCCAUGGCAUUUGUGGUUUUGGAAGCCGCCCUGGCCGCAGCGUUGGCCGUCUGGUUGAGGCGACAAAACCGUCUUCGAGAUGAAUUCGGCCUCGAGCUACUUCAGAAGAUCCCGGAGCGCGAGUGGGACAAUCUAGGAGACGAGCAUCCCAGCUUUCGAUACACGUACAAAUGA